CAGAUCUAAGAAACAAGUUUCGUGCUCUGGUCGCGGCAUCAGAAUAUUGGGACAAGCGGGAUUGCAGUUUGGAAAUUAAUGAUACAAGAGAAUCAUCUUUAUUAUUACAAGCUUCAAUGACAGCUCCUAAUGUUAAAAUAGCCGACAAACUUAAAAACGAAAUCCGUGAGAAACUGGUCGAGUACAUUUUAACUACAUAUCCAGAAUACUUAUCGGGAGCGAAGAUAAGGGAACCUAAAUUAGUACCCAAGAUGAGUGAACCCGUGUUGCCGAUAAAGAGUGGAUAG